AGCCAUUUGGCUCAAGCCGCUUGCCUUUUUUUGCUCCCUGCGCAGGGAGGCACCACAGGGGGGGGGGCUGGGCGGCGCGCCCCCCUCCCCCCCCUACGCCGCGCCGCUCCCGGCGAUUGGUUCCCCCCCCGGGAUGCCCCGAGUGCCUCUGAAUCACUUCACGACGCGGACCGACGUCAUGCAGCACGACGCGGAGGAUGCCGAUGACUAUCUGCACCAGGGGGCAACGAACGGCCGCAGCAUCAGCGGCCGCUCUGGCGCGAUCUACCGUUCCUGGCGCUCCCCGGAGGCGGCCCGUGCCCAAGGCCUAGAGUGGCUGGAGUGGCUGGGCCUGCAGGGCCUCUUCGCCGAGCAGCGCAGCGGCAGGGGCACGUCCUGGUCAUACGUGGGCGACGGGAGGGGGGCCUACGAGCAAUUGGAGGAGUUCCGCUUUGUCGGCGAGGGCGCGGGCAGCUUCGACAAGCAGGAGGACACCGUGAUCAGACCGUCGAGUGUCAAGCCUGGCUGCAUGUUCUUCGGCCUGCUGCUCAUCGGCUUGAUGCUUGUCUCCACUGUGCUGGCGGUAGGGCUGUACAGCGCGAGCUCGCCCAAGGCGCCCACGGAGAAGCCAAAGGUCUUAAAGCUGGCGCAGGCGCAGCAGGUGCAGACAACGCUGCUGGCUGCCGCGAGCGCUGGGGAUGCCGAGCUGCAGGUCGCAUCAGAGGAAGGGUUCGAGGUGGGCGAUUCGGUCAUCAUCUCCGACGGGUACAGUAGCUCCGAGACGAAGACGAUCAGCGCCUUCGGCUCGAUCCUGCUGGGCUCGCCGCUGGAGAGGCCGUUCGCGGAGGGCUCUGCGGUGACCAAGGCGCCCCGCGCCUCCGGGGACGUCCUGCUCAGCGAGCCGGCGCACGCCGGAGAUAACGAGCUCCAGGUAUCCUCCUUUGGCGACCUGGCUGUGGGCGCGACCGUCCAGAUCGGCAGGCACAGAAGUGACACAAGGACUGUAGUGGCGCUCAAGUGGAAGCACAGGGUGGUGGUGGCUCCUGCCCUGCAGCGGGCCUACUCCAACGGCACCCGCGUCGCGUUCCUGGCCCGUGGCUCAGAGCCGACUCAGACCACAUUGACUACAUUGACGACGGUAACUACAACCGCGAUAUCCACAACAAGUACAACCGCGAUAUCCACAACAACUUCAGUGACCUCAUCUACGUCUUCGCCACUCUAUGAGUGCAAAGUGGAAUCGGACGACGAAGCCAUGCUGCACUGGUCGGCCAUCCACCAGGCGUACUGCUGCGAGACCCACGGCUUGGCCUGCAGGGCCGAGACCACGGUAACCUCCACGACUUCGUUCUACGACUGCGGUGUUGGGAGGUCUGACUGGGAGUUUGGUUGGACGCCGAUGAAGCUGGCAUGGUGCUGCGGCCGCGACAGGAACUUGUCCUCCUGCCCGCUCGUGGGCACCUCCGCGCCGUUCGACUGCGCCGCUGGGCUGUCGAACUGGGAGAGGGGCUGGUCCACCUGGAAGCAGGAGUGGUGCUGCCGGAACCAGGCCGUCGCGUGCUCCUACAGCUGCGAGGCGUCCGAGGAGGAGCAGGAGUCAUGGACGUCCGCGAAGCGCGAGUGGUGCUGCAAGCAAUGGGGUCGCGGCUGCGAACGCCGGCAGCCCGACGCCGGCACGACUUGCGACGGCGGCCUCAACUUCUCGGACGUGGCCUACUCGAACCUGGGAGACCAGGGGCCGGACUUCGGCUUCGAGCCCGCCGUCCGGUACAGGAAUGUCUGCGAGGUGAACAGCCAGCCCAUUGACUUGGUGCUCCGUGCAGCGGGCGAGUACGAGCCCGCCCUGGCGCGCCACAACGGCCACAAUGGGCUCGUGGGCAGGAUCAAUAUCAAGUACGGCACAAGUGUCGACUUGAUCUUCGCUUUCAUGGAAGCUGGUGGGGACGUGCCCGUUCAGGUGCCCCGCGUCUUCUUCACACUGCUCGACAUUGACCGCAGCGAGGUGGAGAUGGACGCGGAGUCGGUGUUGAUCAAGAAUUUCUCGUUGUUCUACCUCGACAACGACACCACGGUGCACUACCAGCCCGUCGGCCCGGGCGGCGCCAGGUUCAGCUCGACCAGGAUGGGAGACCUGACGGACAACCCGUCGAACAUGUCCAACUUGUCCGCGGCGCAGCGGAGGAAGGCGGUGACGCUCCUCUUCCUGAACACGUCGUCGUUCCCCGUGAGUUUCGAGGCGUCCGGGAAGAAGAAGGCUCAGGGCCGGGUCUUUAUGUUCGGCGGGAAGCGUGACCUCAGCGCCUCGCACGGCACGCUGGUCGGCCCCUGGGGCCCCGGCUGGAGCGACUCGCCAGAUCGCGCGGCCACGGCCGAUGGAGGCCAGAAGCCGGAACGCCCUGCACAGGAUGCCGGGGCCGCGCGGCUGACCUGCAGGCUGGACUGCUCCGUCGACGGCGCUGCGCGGCCUGUCAAGCUGCACGUGGGCCGCGCCGGGGACUCCUUUGUGCCGAGGCACGCGGCAACUACCGACUUGGAUCGCGAGGCGUGCGCGUCGGCGUGCUUGGCCACCCCGGGCUGCGACGGCGUCGCCUAUGGCAACGGCACUUGCUACGGAGUAUGGGAUGUGCGCACCAGCGAGUGCAAGCGAGGCGACAUCGGCGACUACCAGACACAGUUUUUGACCGGGCGGCCGUGGGGCAGGUGCGCGCUGGUCGCCGACGCGCACCUGGUGACCUUCGACCGCAUGUACGGGCCGGACCUGGCCGAGUACGAGCCAGCGGAUUACCAUUUGGUGAGGUCAGACCACCUGGAAGUCCAGGCUCGGCUUGGCCGCACUGCGGCCUCUCCCGAGGCGAGCGCCAUCGUUGGCAUCGCGGUGACUGGAGCGCUGCUCGGCGGCCGCGCCCUGGUGGCCGAGUACCUCGGCCCAGCCCUGGGGCGCCGCGGCUUCCGCGUCACGUGGGACGGCGAGGAGAUCCUGGCCGAGUACCCGUCCAGGUACCGGGCCGCGGACGGCGUCCUGUCGGCGAGGCACUGGCGAGGAGACCCCGCGUGGAGGCACUGGCAGGCGCGGAACAUCCUGAGCAACUAUAGCGAUUCUCUGCCGUCUUACUUCUUCGAGUUCCCCCCGCAUUUGGAAGUCCACAUGCUGCUGGGCCCCGACAGCUGCGGCGUGAUCCUGGCGAUGCAGAAGCUAGGGGUGGGCCAGGAAGGGCUGUGCGGCAAUUUCAACUGCGACGGGAUCGACGAUGCCUACAUGCUCAUCGAGGACCGUGGUCGCGUGGCCCCAGUGCAGACAGGCGAGAGCCUCUUUCGUUCGGUUGGCGCUGGUCAAGACAAUGCGGAGUUCAAGCACCAGCAGCGUCAGCGUCGUAAGCAAUUGUUUGAUGAUGCCAGAGAGGCAUGCGCUGCCGACUUGCUGUGGGAGGCGAAGCAGGCGUGCAUUGAGGCGCAUCCCAAGUCGGGUCUGCAGGGCAGCUGCGUUGCGGAGGCGUGUGCCGCGAAUUCUACCGGGUUGCUCGAGAUGCAGGCAGCUAUCCAGAGGCUGGAGCCCGGGCUGCUGGCGCCGAGGUAGCGCGCUACGUGCGGCCCUGCCGCCUGUCGGGGAGCGCGGGGUUUGGGCACGUCGGGGAGCGGUUGGACACUGUGUCGCACGCUGUUUGUUAAUGUUCGCCGUGCAUCUGCAAGGCAGCGGUAGCGCUCGUGCGGACAAAGACGUCCGCAUGGAGCGCGCGUCCUUUGCAUUAUUUGCCUACCUGUCCGCGAGUCGCGCUAUCAGUUGCCAGACUCGUAAGAGAAGUGACAGCAGCCAGCCCGACGUCGUGCACUUGCAACCGAAA